GGCGGCGGCGGCGACGGAGGGAGGCCGAGUGUGUGAGCGCAGUGACGGAAGGAGCGGGGGGCAAAUGGCGGAGAGAUGGUCCAGGGCCCUGUUCAAAGAGCAGCCGCACUAGUAGUAGCAGCAGCAGCGGCGGCGGCGAUAAUCCCGGCGCGGAGGAAGCGGCGGCGCAGCAGCAGCAGCCGGAGGAGGAGGCGGCGGCGGUGGUGGCGGCGGCUCGGCGGCUCCUGCGAGGACGCGAGGCCGGCGCUCUAGCCCGGGCGGCCUGUGAGGAGAGGCGGCCGGAGGAGCCCGAGGCCCCGGGGGCGUCGCCCGAAGGCACCGAGCGAGGGCAGGAAGGAGAGAGCCCGGGAGCCCGGCCGUUGGGAGCGAAGCCGGCGGAGGCCCCGCCACCCCCGUCCCUCUCCACCUACCCCGGCAGGUUUCGUUCCCCCCCCCCUUCCGUUUCUCGGUUGUGGUUGUGCGUUUGUGUGCUCGCUUCCUCGGCCUCGCUGUGAGAAUAUGAAACAGUUGUCAAAAUGACAUCCAGAUUUGGGAAGACGUAUAGCAGGAAAGGGGGCAAUGGCAGUUCAAAAUUUGAUGAAGUUUUUUCCAACAAACGGACUACUCUUAGUACAAAAUGGGGAGAAACUACCUUUAUGGCCAAGCUAGGACAGAAGAGGCCCAACAUCAAGCCAGACAUUUCUGAAAUUCCUAAGAAACCCAAAAUAGAAGAGGAAGCAAUAGAAGACCCAUUUGGAUUUGACAGUGAUGAAGAAUCCCUGCCAGUAUCUUCAAAGAAUGUGUCACAAGCUAAAGGUUCUUCUCAGUUGGAGUCAGUCGAACCAUCUCAGUCUGGCGACUUCUCUUCUGUACUUGAAUCUAAUAGCAAAAUUACUCAGUCAAUCAGUGAAGAUAUUUUGUCCAGCAAAUGUGUGUCUUUCGAGAAUGCUGUUCAUGGAUUAAAAGAGAAGAACUCAAACAGAAAUAUGGAAGAUGGUGACCUCAAAAGCAGCAGUGUUAACACUGUAAUAGCAGAUGCAGUACAGACUUUUAAUGACAGUGAGAACAGUCACUUCAUCUACAAGAAUGUUGAAGACAAUAAUAUAAUUAAUGCUCAAACAGCAGAAAUCUCUGGGUACAAUAUUGAAAUGAAGGAAUCUCAUGAUUCUUGGGACUCCCAUAUCGGGAAGAGAGACUCUCCAUCAGAAGUGUCACUUACAAAGGAAUCAUUAGUGACUGGUUUAUAUGAAUGGGAAGAUGAGAAUGAGGAUACCCGAAGAGGAGAAUAUAUGUUGGGUUUUGAUGAUGAACCACUUUCAGAGAUAAAAAACAAGGAUGAAUAUCUGGUUAAAGAGGAUAUGGAAAGUCCAAAGGAAACCAUUAGCGAAGAACUGAUGCAAACUGUUCUCAGGCCAAGUAAUUGUCGGACAUACUGUAGAUCCAACAAAACAAAAUCACAGGGGACAACAAAUUUUGAUAAGCUACUGGAUGGCACUCUUCAACCUUUAGCCAAAGCAAACAGUGAUUCAAAUACUGAUGGUGUGAACCCAGUGAAAAAAGUUGCUUUAAGUAGUGGGACCAGUUUUAGAGGGACUGUUGGAAGGACUAGAGACUACACUGUUCUCCAUCCAUCAUGUUUGUCGGUUUGUAAUGUUACUAUACAAGACACUAUGGAUCGUAUUGAUGAGUAUGCCACAUCUACACCUACUGAUUUGGGAGAAGCAGGACGUCUGAGAAAGAAAGCCGACAUGGCAACAACCAAGACAACAACUAGAUUUCGACCUAGCAAUACCAAAUCCAAAAAAGAUGUCAAAUUAGAAUUCUUUGGGUUUGACGACAAUGAUGAAGGAGGGGGUGGUGAAGGCGGCUCUAGAACAUCUGGAAGCUCAAAUUACAAAAUUAAAUACUUUGGUUUUGAUGACUUGAGUGAAAGUGAAGAUGAUGAUGAAGAGCGGCCGUUAGAAAGAAAAGUCAAUAAAAAAAGAAACCGGGCAGCUCCAUCCUCUUCACUUCAGUCCAGUUCUGAUGGAAGUGAGAACUAUUCACAAGACAGUCAGUCAAGCACUAACCCAGAGCUAUUGGAGUUUCCAGAAGAUGCAUCCAGUGUUCCUGAAAGCAAUAAGAAAUCCAUAAAUCCACAAGGUGAUAAGUCUAAGGAAAACACACGGAAGAUAUUUAGUGGACCAAAGAGGUCACCAACAAAAGCUGUAUACAAUGCUAGACAUUGGAAUCAACCAGAAUCUGAGACUCUUCCGACAUCACAGGUGUUGAAAAAUCCAAGUGUCCCUGUACGGCUGUCUUCAAAGGAGGCAAUUCAUAAAGAUGAUGGAGUGUUCAAAGCUCCUGCACCACCUCCCAAAGUGAUAAAAACUGUGACCAUACCCACUCAACCCUAUCAAGAGAUAGUAACUGCCUUGAAAUGUAGGAAAGAAGAUAAAGAAUUAUACACUGUUGUUCAACAUGUGAAGCACUUCAAUGAUGUAGUAGAAUUUGGAGAGAAUCAAGAGUUCACCGAUGAUAUUGAAUACUUGUUAAGUGGACUGAAGUGCAAUCAGCCCCUAAACACACGUUGCCUUAGUGUUAUCAGCCUGGCGACAAAGUGCGCCAUGCCCAGUUUCCGAAUGCAUUUGAGAGCACAUGGAAUGGUAGCUAUGGUCUUCAAAACACUGGAUGACUCGCAGCAUCACCACAAUUUAUCACUUUGCACAGCAGCUUUAAUGUAUAUCUUGAGCAGAGAUCGCUUGAACAUGGAUCUAGAUAGAGCCAGCUUAGAUUUAAUGAUCCGGCUUCUGGAACUAGAACAAGACUCUUCUUCAUCCAAGUUGCUCAAUGAAAAAGACAUGAACAAGAUUAAGGAAAAAAUCCGAAGACUCUGUGAAACUGUUCACAACAAACACCUUGAUCUAGAAAAUAUAACAACAGGGCAUUUGGCAAUGGAAACAUUGCUCUCUCUCACUUCAAAACGGGCAGGAGACUGGUUUAAAGAAGAGUUGCGACUUCUUGGUGGUCUUGAUCACAUUGUAGAUAAAGUUAAAGAAUGUGUGGAUCACUUAAGCAGCGAUGAAAAUGAAGAGAAAUUGGUUGCUUCAUUAUGGGGAGCAGAACGAUGUUUACGGGUUUUAGAAAGCGUAACAGUUCAUAAUCCAGAAAAUCAGAGUUACUUGAUAGCAUAUAAGGAUUCGCAGCUCAUUGUCUCUUCAGCUAAAGCACUGCAGCAUUGUGAGGAGUUGAUCCAGAGAUACAACCGUGCAGAAGACACCAUCUGUCUUCCAGACAGUAGGGUACUGCCACACCAGAAUGUAACAAACCAUGUGGGUAAGGCAGUGGAGGACUGUAUGAGAGCCAUCAUUGGUGUCUUACUCAAUUUAGCAAAUGAUAAUGAGUGGGGUAGCACUAAAACAGGUGAACAAGAUGGUCUUAUUGGCACAGCGCUGAAUUGUGUGCUUCAGGUUCCAAAGUUUCUACCUCAAGAACAGAGAUUUGAUAUUCGGGUUCUGGGUUUGGGUCUGCUAAUCAAUUUGGUAGAGUACAGUGCACGAAAUCGGCACUGUCUUGUGAAUAUGGAAACAACAUGUUCCUUUGAUUCCUUCUGCUUGGGAGAAGCCAAUGAUAGCAUAAGCACAUCUGGACGGAUGGCUGCUGUUCAUGCUUUAGUUCAGUUGUUCCUUGAGCGUGAGCGAGCAGCGCAGCUGGCAGAGAGCCAGACGGAUGAACUGAUUAAGGAAGCUCCUGCUGCACAACAUGACAAGAGUGGGGAGUGGCAGGAGACGAGCGGAGAGAUCCAGUGGGUUACUACAGAAAAGCCUGAGAACGCAGAGGAGAAAGAUAAGAAAGAAGAAGAUGAAGAAGAACUUGAUCUUAAUAAAGCCCUUCAGCAUGCUGGGAAGCACAUGGAAGAUUGCAUUGUGGCCUCGUACACAGCAUUGCUUCUGGGAUGCCUUUGCCAGGAGAGUCCAAUCAAUGUGACUACUGUGAGGACAUACUUGCCUGAAGGGGAUUUCUCAAUCAUGACAGAAAUGCUGAAAAAGUUUCUCAGUUUCAUGAACCUUACUUGUGCUGUUGGGACAACAGGCCAGAAAACUAUCUCUAGAGUGAUUGAAUACUUGGAACACUGCUAGAAACUCGAGUCUUGCCGCAGGCACUUGAAUGCUGGAGCUCUACCCCUCCGAUAAAGGAAGGAAGUCGCGAAAGAAGUCCUCGAGGAAGCACCACCAAGAGCAUUCAUCAGUCUCAUUCGUGUUUGGAUUUUUAAGGCUACCUGGUCUCUUCACCAUACACUCAGCAUUUUCCGAGAGACAGUUCACCACCACAUCAAUCUGCAACUAUCAAAAAUUAGGGGGGAAAUAUCUGAGGAAAGUAAAUCAAGAAUUCAUUAUGUUUAUAAUAAUGCAGUGCAGUAUUUAAAUAUAUUUGGCAGGGUUUACUCUCCCUCUUUAUUUUUCUGGCUUUGUUUGUGACAACUUUAAAGGGGAAAACUUGCUGCUGGUAGUGCAACUGCUGUUUACUGUUGAGCCACUGUUUUUCAUGCCAGCCAGGUGCAAAGGCAGCUUUAGCUACUGAGGUAUCAAAAAAUCUUCUAAUAAAGAUGCUCUGGGCAGCAGCAUUGCUCUGAUUUGAGUUUAAUUUGCUCUUGCUUUUUAAAGAGAUUAUUCCAAAAUCAUAAGAAAUAGAAAAAUUUUAAAUACUUUUUGUGAUUUUAACUACUGUCUAUAUUUAAAAUGUGUUGGAAUCCAAAGAGGUUGAGGCUUGGAUAGUUUAUUUUUUAUACUGUUUUGAUUGAAAAUUGGGUUGUUGGAAACUACUCAGUUCUUAAAAUUGUCGUGGCCUACGUACUGUAAACUGAUUGACCAUAACACUUCAUAGCUCUAAGAGAGGCAUGCAGGAAGAAGAAGAAAUAAUAAUCCCCUCCCAGCUGGUGGCUGUCUGUAUUUCUUUGAAAUGCAGGAAUUGUAAAGCACCCUGUUUAAAAAGGACAAUGUGAAAAAAAUGUUCAAUGCCAGGGGAGUUUACACUUCAUGAUGCACAAAAAAGAAAGGAAAAGAAGCAGUUGGUUUUUGUUUCAAGGAAGAAAUGUGGAGCUAAAACACCAGUGGGGAUUAAUGUUUCCAGUUGACAUAAUCUUUCUAUUUCUUCUCUAGUAUGGCGCAGGUAAAUGCAUACAAUACAAAGCCUUAAAUAGCUGAAUAUAGUGAAGAUUUUGUUCAGUAUGGGGUUCUAGUUCACAGCAAAGGAUUGUGUUGAGACUUUAAUGGAACAAAAAUCCCUGCUAAAUACUUUUGUAAAAGAGGUUUUGGACAUUAGUGACUUCUCGCACUCAUUGUUCCGAUGGACAGAAUUGCUCAUGGUUUUUAUUAAGCUGGUCUUGAAUUAUUCACAAAAUGUUUUGAGACAUUUGCAUCACAGACACUUUCCACAUUACCUGUGUAGCUAGUUGCAUCAUGUUACUUCAUUGAAUUUGUAAAACUUGAAGCCAUAAAAAUAUUAGUUCUGUGUAUAAUGAGGGGUGGGAGAAAUAACAGAAAAUCUAACCUGCUUUUUAGAUCUUGUGUUAUCUCCAUGUAUAAACUUACAAACUUGUGCUUUUGUAUCAGUGCCAGCUGUAAAUUUUUUACAUACAGUGGCUGCCUUCUAUGUCUUCCUAUUUUUGAUAAUGCAGAUUGUUGGGAAUUUGGUAAGGAAGUGACUGAUUAGAAGCAAAAUCCUAUAUUGGUCCUGCUUUUUUAUUUUUAUUUUCCUUAACAUCUUAAUUAAGCAAACUACCCCCCUACAAUCUACCAGUGUAACUUAGAAAAAAAAAUGCUGAGGUUAUGUUUUCCCUUGGAUAGAGCUUCCUUAUGAGAGGAAGAGCAACUUAGUAAAGCUGUACUUGUAAAUUAUUUCUGAGAUGCAGGAUUUACUGGAUAUAUUUUUUGGCAUUUAGUUUUAACAACUUAGAGCAAUGGCUUUCAUUUUUAGUUGGAUUUCAUAUAGAUUUAAGUUAGGCUUUUUUUCUGUAUGCGCAAUGACGGGGGAUGAUUAAAAAUAGAUGCAGUGAUGAGGUGGAAUCAGGAGCCACACUUCUCUGUUACACUGGUAAUGACCUGGAUCGGAAUUGGUUAAACUCGUCGUGUUGAGCAUUUCUUAAUUGGCAAGCACUGAAACAUGCAGACUGUUUGGUUUUUGGAGAGAGGGUCAGGAAACCACCCUGCAAGCUGCAGUGUGCUUUCUUGUUUUAAACCUCAUCAGGCUCUGCAUUAAAUGGGUACUUGAGGCCAACCUUCACAUUUAAAAGUUUUAAAGUAACUUUUUUUCCACUGUAAAUAUAUAUGUAAAUAAGCGCAAUUGGAAACUAGAACAGUAGAGUACUUUUCUGAAUCCAAUCCUAUUUUUAUUUUAUACAGUAUUUCUCAGCUGUGAUAUUUGGAGCAAAAGCCAACGGCAGGAAUAAUAGUUUGUACCAGUUUCAUGAAGUAUGUCUUUUGGUUUUUGUAAAUAAUUUUAACUCGAAUAAAAAUUGCUACUUUCAAUACAUAA